AUGGCUUUCAAGUUUCAGUUCUUGACCUUCCUCGCUCUGGUGGCCGCAGCCCGUGCCGGAGUCAUCUCGCCAGUUGGCUACUCGGCUCCUCUGACCUAUGCUGCUCCAGUCGCUAGGACCCUCGUUGCUGCUCCCCUCACCAAGACCAUUGUCGCAGACCAGUACGACCCCAACCCCCAGUACUCAUUCUCGUACGGGGUAUCCGAUGCUCUGACCGGUGACCAGAAGUCCCAGCAAGAAUCCCGCAGCGGUGAUGUCGUACAGGGAACCUACUCACUGGUUGAUGCUGAUGGUUUGAAGCGUACCGUUGACUACACUGCUGAUCCGAUCAACGGAUUCAAUGCUGCUGUGCGUCGUGAACCUCUGACCGUCAAUACCGGAGUCCUUGCUGCCAAGACCAUCAUUGCCCAACCUGCCUACGCCUCUCCCGUCGCUAAAACCAUCAUCUCACAGCCAGCUCUGGCUACCUACGCUUCUCCUCUGGCCACCAAGACCAUUGUUUCGCAGCCAGCAAUUGCCUCGUAUGCUGCUCCACUGGCAACCAAAACUAUCCUGUCUCAGCCAGCCCUGACCAGCUACUCCGCACCAUCGUCCAUCAUCGCCCAGCCAGCCCUGACCAGCUAUGCUGCUCCAUUGGCUUCCCGGACCAUCCUUUCUCAACCAGCCUAUGGCACUUCCUUGGCCACCAAGACGCUCGUCUCGCAGCCCGCUCUGGCCACCUAUGGCGCUCCUCUGGCCGCCAAGACCAUUGUUUCGCAACCGGCCUACACCAGCUACGCUGCUCCAGCUUACUACUGAGUGUGAAAAGACUGAUGUUUCUGCUUGUUGAUUGGCGAUUGAACUUGA